AUGCCUCACAACUCCAUCCGAUCCGGCCACGGAGGGCUGAACCAGCUGGGAGGGGCCUUCGUGAACGGCAGACCCCUGCCCGAAGUGGUGCGUCAGCGCAUAGUGGACCUGGCCCAUCAGGGCGUGAGGCCCUGUGACAUCUCCCGCCAGCUUCGUGUCAGCCAUGGCUGUGUCAGCAAGAUUCUUGGCAGGUACUACGAGACUGGCAGCAUCCGGCCUGGGGUGAUAGGUGGCUCCAAGCCCAAGGUGGCUACUCCCAAGGUGGUGGAGAAAAUCGGGGACUACAAGCGACAGAACCCCACCAUGUUCGCCUGGGAGAUCCGAGACCGGCUCCUGGCUGAGGGCGUCUGUGACAACGACACUGUGCCCAGUGUCAGCUCCAUCAACAGAAUCAUCCGGACCAAAGUGCAGCAACCAUUCAACCUCCCCAUGGACAGCUGCGUGGCCACCAAGUCCCUGAGCCCAGGACACACGCUGAUCCCCAGCUCAGCCGUGACACCCCCGGAGUCACCCCAGUCUGACUCUCUGGGCUCCACUUACUCCAUCAAUGGGCUGCUGGGGAUCGCCCAGCCUGGCAGCGAGAGCAAGAGGAAGAUGGAUGACAGUGACCAAGACAGCUGCCGGCUGAGCAUCGACUCCCAGAGCAGCAGCAGCGGGCCUCGCAAGCACCUCCGCACGGACGCCUUCAGCCAGCACCACCUCGAGCCCCUUGAGUGCCCCUUCGAGCGGCAGCACUACCCGGAGGCCUACGCCUCCCCCGGCCACACCAAAGGCGAGCAGGGCCUCUACCCGCUGCCCCUGCUCAACAGCGCCCUGGACGACGGAAAGGCCACCUUGACCCCUUCCAACACACCCUUGGGGCGCAACCUCUCGACUCAUCAGACCUACCCUGUGGUGACAGCAGAUCCUCACUCACCCUUCGCCAUAAAGCAGGAAAGCCCCGAGGUGUCCAGUUCUAGCUCCACCCCUUCCUCUUUAUCUAGCUCGGCCUUUUUGGACCUGCAGCAAGUCGGCUCUGGGGUCCCCGCGGGAGCCUCGGUCCCGCCCUUCAAUGCCUUUCCCCACGCUGCCUCAGUGUACGGGCAGCUCGCGGGCCAGGUCCUCCUCUCAGGGCGAGAGAUGGUGGGGCCCACGCUUCCUGGAUACCCACCCCACAUCCCCACCAGUGGACAGGGCAGCUAUGCCUCCUCUGCCAUCGCAGGCAUGGUUGCAGGAAGUGAAUACUCUAGCAAUGCCUACGGCCACACCCCCUACUCCUCCUACAGCGAGGCCUGGCGCUUCCCCAACUCCAGCUUGCUGAGUUCUCCAUAUUAUUACAGUUCCACAUCGAGGCCGAGCGCGCCGCCCACCACCGCCACGGCCUUUGACCACCUGUAG